CCUGAGUUGGGAAGAUCCCCUGCAGAAGGGCAAGGCUACCCACUCCAGUAUUCUGGUCUGGAGAAUUCCAUGGACUGUAUAAUCCAUGGGGUCACAAGGAGUCAGACACGACUGAGCGGCUUUUACGUUCACUUAGACGCCCAGGAAGGAGGUUUGUGGCGGGAACCCCAGCACCAGGAGACGUGGAGGCUGGGUGACUAUUCUGCUGAUGGAACCCAGAGACCCUGGAUGCCUUGGUCUUCCUUGGGACUGUAGUCCCAGGCAGAGACAAGCAGAGAGGUUUCAGGUGGGGCUCAGGACAGGGCACCCUACCUGGCUGUGUCAACCUUACUCCAGGGAAGACAUGGGUCCAGUGUCUGAUCAGGCUGCAGGGAUGCGAUCUGGCUCCAAGCUCAGAGGCUUUGAGGGGAAGAGUGCUCGUUGCUCUUUCUCCCUUUCUGGAAUGUCCCGCCAGGAGUCUCUUGGAGGAUAGUCCUUUAGCAAGCUGUGGUGUUGUCAGUGUUCAGCCGACUGUUUCUUCAUAUGUGAACAAAGAAGGAAGAAGGAAAUUCUUUGUAUCAUUCAUUACAGAUAGAUUUUUCUGUGUGUAGGGUUUAGGCCCAGAGUUCUAUGUGUGGUUGGAGGCAGCAUGGAGAUAAUCCUGUGGAUUAUGUUUUACAGACACACAUUUCUGUGUCUCGUUUUGGCCAAACCUCCUGUGGAAUUCCUCCUCAGUGCUUUUUCUUCUGUUGGAACCCUUUUUGUGUCUUUCCAUUGUAAGCAUCUCUUAUGGAUUGUAAAUGUCUUCCUUUCCAUCUUUUUUCCUUUGCUUUAGAAGGAACAGCCUGUGCUAUUGUCUCCCUCUGUCUGGCUUGCUUCCCCCCAUUUAUUAUCUGGUCAUGUCCAUCCUGUGGCUACCAGUGACAUCGUUUCAUAAUCUCAGUGGUGGUGUUUUUGGCUGAGAAAUAGUCUAUCACAUACACGUCCCUCAUCUUGUCCUCCCCGGGGAUGGUGUGGUGGUCCUUGUGAGCUGGCCCUUUAAAUGGGGUGAACAUGGGGUCCGCUCCAUGGUCUAGGUGGUUCUGGUCUGCCCACACUCUUGUGUGUACGGUGAUCACGAGUGGUACCCUGCUUUUUCUUGCACACCUCAGAUAUGACAGUUGAGUUUUUGGUCUUUUUGUAUCUUAUUCACAAUUUUCCCCAAGUGAGCAUGCCUGCACUUAUUUUUAGUCCUUUAUUGUUUCUUUGGAUUCUGUUGCUUUAGGAGAGGUUUGUUCUCACUUGUUCUUGCCCUGUGGCCUUGGACCACUUCCUAGAAGUGUCAACAUCUGUUUCUUUUAAGGAGACUGUGGUGAGGAUUAAAGGUGGGUCCACGUGACCGAGUGGACUCUGUAGGGCCUGAGCAGAUAUUGACACGCAUGGUAUUUUGGCCUUUGAAAGCCCCAGUUUGAACUGUGUGGAAUCCAUUUAGGUGUGGGUUUUAUUUCCCAAUAAACAGUAUGAUAGGAUCCCCAGUUUGUGGAAUCUGCAGAUUCAGACCAUGGACCCGGGUGUGGGGGAUGGGUGGACUGUAAACUUAUACGUGGAUUUUCCAGUGCACAGCCUCGGAGUCCGUACCUCCAGUCAUUCAGGUGUCAGCUAUAUAUUUCAGAAUAACAAUUCCUGGGCUAAAUGCUAUGGAAAAAAUAAAAUUGGGAAAAUGUGGAAAAAUACUUGAGCAGAAAGUCUCACUGAGGGGGGUGAUACUUGAGUUACAUGAGAAGGAGCCAGUCAAUGAGGACAUCUAAGGAAGAGCACUCCAAGUGGGGAACAGCCUGCGCCAAGGUCCUGACGUGGGAAUGAGCUCCAGUUUGAGGAGUAUCAAGGAGGCCAGUGUGACAGAGUGGAGUGAUGGAAGUUGGGAUGCUUAGAAAGUAGAGCCUACUGCCUGGCUUUGUCUCACUUGGGAAAGAGGGGCACAGGGGUCCACAAGGAGGGUUGCAAGCUAGAGCACUCGCUCUCCUUAAGGGCCAGAGGGGAUGGGCACCCUCUCAUGACCUUGUGUGAUCUGAAUGCCCUUGUGGAGAGAGGAAGAUCAAAACUUUGCAUUGGGCUGAGUGCUUUGGACGUGGUAUUUUCCACUCUUGUGUGCAUUGUGCCAGGGGGAAACCAUCAUUACUCCUGUUUCAGAUGAGAAAACAGGUCUGAAAGGGGGCACUCCUAUACCCAAAGCUGUAAACUUAGUAACUGUAAAUGAAGUAAUGACCUUCAACUGACCAGCAGGGGUACCUGUGUGUAUUUGGGGGGUGUCUCUGUCCUCAGGGCACUGGGCUCCAGUAGUCCAUCAGCCCUGUGAUGCCAGCAGAUCACCCAGCGGUGGGUGUUUGUCCCACAUCUGCCAGGAGAAGAGGUCUUCAGGGGUGGACGGUGGAGAUGUGGAGGGACUUCGCUGGAAGUGAGGCUGAGGAGGUCUGUCUGGACGGACACCAGGGCCCUGCAGACAUGAAUGGCAGGGCUCCGAGGGCCGUGCCCCACUGGAGGUGUGCUCUGGCCUGGGCUCCAUCACCAGGUGGACAGUCUAGCCUGGCCAUGUAGCUCACUCCGCUCCUUCCCAAGGCUGGGAGAUGCCCCCUCUAAAUAUAGCCCCAUGUGCUGAGCUCAUGUCUAUUUUAAGCCGAGGUUGGGAGGUGGCCAGGCCUUUGCUGGGCUCUCAGCGGAGCCGCCGCUGCCUCUAUCCGGUCCUGGCGCUGGGCACCCUCAUCGGCCCCCCGCCUGCCAUGUCAGAGGAGACCCAGGAAGACACCGCGGCACUGACGAGGAGCCCGGCGCUGCUGGCUCCCAGCCACGAGCAGGAGGUGCGCCUGCACCGGGUGGAGUCCAUCAGCGACCUACACAACGGCGGUCCGCUGUGCCCCUACCUGGCCGAGGAGGGGCAGCCGUGGGGUGAACUGCUGGGCGUCCUGCCGCCCUCAUUGUGCGCCCAGACCGGCUGCGGCCCGGUACACAGCCGCGGGGCCUUCCUGCUGCUGCUCGCGCUGCUGGUGCUCAUCUGCCUGGCACUGGCCGUGCUGGCCGUCUACCUGAGUGUGCUGCAAAGCGAAUCCCUCCGCGUGCUGGCGCACACACUGCGAACCCAGGAGGAGAUGCUGCUCAAACUACGGCUCGCCAGCCUCAGCCAGCUGCGGAGGCUCAAUUCCAGCGAGGCCCGAGCGCCCAGCUGAGAUGCCGCUCGGACCCGGGGCCUGGGGGUAUGUGCCGGGGAAUAAAGUGGCCGUUGGCAGCUUUCUCCUCU